UGGACAACACUUUGUGUAUGUCAACUCAUCUGGUCCCAAAGAAGGAUACACUGCAAGAAUCACUACUUCCCAAUACUUCCCGGCAAGCCUCGGAAUGUGUACUGUUCGGUUCUGGUUCUACAUGAUCGAUCCCAGGAGUAUGGGAGUACUAAAGGUAUAUACCGUUGAGGAAUCUGGACUAAAUAUCCUGGUGUGGUCAGUGAUUGGCAAUAAAAGAACUGGUUGGAUGUACGGAUAUGUACAUCUCUCCAGGAACAGUCCAUUUAAGGUGGCAUUUGAAGCUGAUUUGAGUGGUAAUGAACACAUCUUUAUUGCCCUUGAUGACAUCUCCUUUACCCCAGAAUGUGUAUUUGGAGGUCCUGUCACAACACAGCCACCACCUUGUGAAGCUGAUCAAUUUUCUUGUGUCUACACACUCCAGUGUGUCCCUCUCUCAGGGAAAUGUAAUGGACAGGAGGAUUGCAUAGAUGGAUCGGAUGAAAUAGAUUGUUCUCUCAGCCCUCCUCCUCAGCUCUGCGGUAAAAGGGAGUUCCAGUGCUCUACCCACGAGUGUAUCCCAUCCCUCCUGCUCUGUGAUGGAGUGCCUGACUGCCACUUUAAUGAAGAUGAAUCCAGCUGCUCCAAUGUCAGCUGUUCUGAGGGAGCUCUGCUGUGCACUUCCUCUAACAGCUGUAUCCCAGUUCACAAGCGCUGUGAUGGUUUUGCCAACUGCAUGGACUUCCAACUUGAUGAGUCCAGCUGCUCAGAGUGUCCAAUAGCUUAUUGCAGAAAUGGUGGGACUUGUGUGGUGGAGAAAAGUGGUCCUAUGUGUCAGUAAGUAGCAUUGUCUAUGCUUUUUUUUUUUUUUUAACAUUUAUUGCACUUGGCUUACUUAUUUUUCUUGAGGCUGAUAUAAUAGAGCAUCAAUGUGGGUAAUAAGGUAAAAAAUAGUGAAU